AUGACAUCUCAAGAGUCGGGAUGUGACAUAGAUGAACACACUAUCAUUGGCACAGACAAAGAAGCUGACAAGUCCUAUUGGCACAACGUGGAUGACUUAGAUUUGGAGGGGUGGUAUUAUUGCGCUAAUCUCCUCAUGCUUGCAGCACUUCUUCUCUCUCAGCUCUGGGUAAAGUAUGCUCCUCAAGAAGAACUCCAGAUUGGUGCUCAGCAUGCAUGGCCACAUCACAAAGUUGCCGGUGAAUGGCCUAUUUCUCUGGGAGAGGUUGAAAUCUUCUCAGAAGACACACAUCAAUACCAACUAAAUGGUACUACAGCCAUUUCUGAGUGGAAUGUGCUCAUUCCACCUGGAAAUGGUGUCAUUCACCUGGGCUCAGCUGGACAGCAUUUUACAGUGGCCAUGUUCCAUCAACUACAAUGCCUUGACGUUAUUCAUGCCAAGCUCGUUGGGUUGCCAGACUUGGAUCCCCUGCAUGAUGAUAGUCCGUCACUUUGGGAGCUCACUCAACAUUACAUGAACUAUUUUCGCCGGAUGGUGCUGUGCCACUUGCACACAGCGCUGGAGUCUGUACAAUCCAAUGUUCCACUGGCAAUUGUUGACUUGACUUGGUCACAAUAUACCUGUUGUGAUUAG